AUGUUUUUGAAAUUAGUGCUACUUAUAUAUUCAAUUCAAUAUUGCAAAGCAUUCAAAUUUAAUAAAAAUUUAUCGCCAACAACAACACGUAAGGAAUUACAAACCGAAGAAAUUGAAAAUUGGUUGGCAAAACCGUUGUCAAAUAUUAAACAUCUGCAUUUGAAACUACGUUCUAAUAAUUUUCAUCAAGAUGUUGCGAAUUCAUAUACGCAAUGGUUUCUGAAACAGACACUUGUGCCCAUUACAAUCAGUAAAUACGAGAUGAUAAAAAAUAAAACUAAUACAAUGACAACCGAUUACAGUCGAAAUAAUUACGUUAUAGUUACUAGUAUGACAAAUUUGCGUACCACAGCAUACCAAUUUGGCAAAAGGGCUGGCAUAUUCUUUUUUAUUGUCAAUGGCGAUCUUGAUUUCAAGGAAUUACUCAAUAUUUACUAUCUAGGUUGGAAACGUUUGCAUAUAUUCAAAAGUUUUCUUCUAACAGAUAAUGGUGUUUUAAUGUAUGACCCUUUCGCUUUGGAUGAAUUCGGAAACUAUGGACAAAUUAUUAAAUAUACUGGUAAAGAAUCGAUUGAACGCACUAUAUUUUAUAACAUGCGUGGUUAUCCGUUGAGAGUACAACUGUUUAGAUCGGUUUAUUCAAAACCUAUAAUAGAUCCAAUAACAAAGAAAGUCGAACGUGUUUAUGGGGUUGAUGGUCGAGUUGCAAGCUUGCUACAGGAACAUAUGAACUUCACUAUGAAUUUACUAAAGCCAGAUAAAAAUUAUUUUGGGGAACGUAGUCCUAACGGAUCAUACAACGGAGUUAUCGGAUCUAUAGUAAAUAACGAAUUGGACUUAUGUGUGACCGGAUUUUUUGUGAAGGACUACAUGGUACCAGAGAUGGACUUUUCCGUUGCAGUUUAUGAUGAUAAACUGUGUAUUUAUACACCAAAAGCCAAGAGAAUACCUGAAUCCAUUUUGCCAAUAUUUGCUGUUCGAUAUGAUCUAUGGUUUGGUUUUAUUUUUAUGGCAUUUAUAUGCUCCGUUUUAUGGGCAAUACUAAGAGCGUUGAAUUUGCAGCUUAAUGCGGUUCAAAUACGGGGAAGUCGCCUAAAGAAAAGUUUUAGAUGGCAAUAUGUACGAAUUCUUAUUGAUACAUGGGUUGUGUGGGUGAGAGUAAACAUUACACACUACCCACCUUUUCACUCAGAGCGAGUGUUUAUCGCUUCCCUGUGUUUAAUAAGUGUAAUAUUUGGUGCUAUAUUUGAAUCGAGCUUAGCAACUGUUUACAUACACCCCAUAUACUAUAAGGAUAUUCAUACUCUUCAGGAAUUGGAUGAUAGUGGUCUUCAAGUUGUGUACAAAUACUCCUCGAUGGCUGAUGACUUGUUUUUCAGUGAAACUUCACCUUUGUUUGCAAGUUUAAAUAAAAAACUCCGGUUUCUGAGAGAUCUAUAUGCGGACAUCAUGGAGGAUGUAGCAUUUAAUGGCGACAAAGCAGGUGUUUCGAGAUAUACAACCUUAAUGAUGCAGUCCUUACAUUAUAUAGUAUCGAAACAGUUAUGGAUUGUACCAGAAUGUCCUAAAUAUUACACAAUAUCGUAUGUUUGGCCUAAAGACGCGCCUUGGGAUGAAACCAUAAACCGAUUAUUAUUACGAAUACAAAAUGCUGGUUUAAUUAAUAAAUUCAUUUCCGAAAUGCAAACCGAUGUCGAUAUACAAAUUAUGAAGGAUAAUAUGUACGAUACACAUCAAGGAUAUAAAGUUCUAACCAUAGAGGAUUUACAACUUGCAUUUUAUGUAGUUUUAACUGGCUCUUCGAUGGCAUUAAUAUCACUGCUAGUGGAAAAAGUACUAGCUCCUCACAAACACCAAUAA